GCAGAAUGUCCCACAGGCUUGCUUAUCGAAGCAAAGGUGAUCUACCAGUGUGCCAAAGAAGAGUUAAUUGAGAACAGUAAUAAAGAUGUUUAUGACUGGAAUACUUUUCGUUUUGUCAUGUUUGAUACUAGGAGUUCCGGCCCCGCCUGGUCACGGAGCCAGUUUACUGUGUAGGGUAUGCGAACACGACUAUGUCAAGAACGCCGACGGCUGCAAAAACUUUCAUAAAUGCCACGAGAGUUGUGGAGCAGAAGUACAUUUCCUGAAUAACGAAUAUUACUUCAGUUAUAGGUGCAUGGAUGCUCAUCAAUGCGAUGAACCCAUAUCCGGCAUCCUUGGCAAAAGGCAACCACACCACGGUCAUGAACAUGGUGAUAUUGCUUGUCGGGCUUGUUGUCACACAAUGGGUUGUGAAAAAGACUUAUGUUCGAAAUAUUCCAGCCUAGCUACCACGCCAGUUCCGGUUACCACGACUGUCGCCGCUAAUGGAUGCCGUGACUAUGAGAGUGAUAGUUUCUCCUGUGCUGAUUAUGACCAAUACAAUUUCUGUACGGACACCACUUCUAUAGCACAUGCUAUCGCGCACGACAAAUGUGCGAAACAUUGUGGAUUCUGCAGUACAGACGGGGCAGCUACCACAAUUGAAGCUUUCCCAACUACGGCUGCGGUUGUGACCCCUGCUGUCGUCAAUGUCAAUAUCUCGAGUGGAGGAAACUAGAUAUUGAAAUAUUGUUGUUCUUUGUCAGCAAUAGUUGAAAUAAAACUAUAGAAUAUA